AUGUCUCUUACAAAUUCUUUUUUUUACCCUUUGGCUCUUGUUGGUGUGGCCGUCUCUCUGCGGGCCGAAGGGGAGAGUUGGAUUUCCGACGUGCUCCAACUCAGAGCGACACAAAAUAACCAAGUGGUCGACAAGGCCCUUGGACGCCCCGUGUGGUUCAUGGCGGAAUUCCCUACCCGGUCCGUGCUGCGACCCAAUGACCCAACCCCCAGGGGGGUUGGGUCGCAGCACGGACCGGGUUACUAA